GAGGCAGGGCAGGGAGGCGAAGGCCAAGUGGCCGCUGCCCACCCCGAGGGAGCCGGGAGCGUGCGUCCUGCAGCUCGGACUGGAGCGGUGGACCGGAGCCGCGGCCGGCAGGGGGAGGCCGGGCCCGGGGAAGCGAGCGAGCCUGGAGGAAGUGCACUGCUGACUGUAACGUGCUGCCGGCUCCCAGGAUGGAGGAGUGAAGUCUCGCGUCGCAGCGGUUCCAGCCCCCGGAGCCCGCCCGCCCGCUCGCUCGCUCGCCCGCAGCCGAGUCCUCGAGAGCGCCCUGAGGGAGCAGGGUGGCCACCUGGUCCAGGAAUGUUCACCCUCGCAGAAGUUGCUUCACUUAAUGACAUUCAGCCAACUUACCGAAUCCUGAAGCCAUGGUGGGACGUGUUUAUGGAUUACUUGGCGGUUGUUAUGCUGAUGGUAGCCAUCUUCGCGGGGACCAUGCAACUUACCAAAGAUCAGGUGGUCUGUUUGCCGGUGUUGCCGUCACCCGCCAAUCCAAAGGCGCACACACCACCCAGAAAUGCUGACGUCACCGCCGAAGUCCCCAAGAUGGAAACAGCCACGCACUGGGACCAAAGCGGGCGGACGACAGAUGACGUUCCCUUCGGCACCUCCGCUGUGACGCCUGACGUGCCUCUCCAAGCCACCCACCCUCGCGCUGAGCCCACCUUCCCAAGUCAGGAGGCAAAGAAGGACAAGAGAGACCCAACGGGCCGAAAAACCAACUUGGAUUUUCAGCAGUACGUGUUUAUCAACCAGAUGUGUUACCAUCUGGCCCUCCCUUGGUAUUCCAAGUACUUUCCGUACCUUGCUCUCAUACACACCAUCAUCCUUAUGGUCAGUAGCAACUUUUGGUUCAAGUACCCUAAAACCUGCUCCAAAGUCGAGCACUUCGUUUCGAUACUAGGAAAGUGCUUCGAAUCUCCUUGGACGACUAAAGCGUUGUCCGAGACAGCCUGUGAAGACUCCGAGGAAAACAAGCAGAGACUAACAGGUGCCCAGACCCUACCAAAGCACGUGUCCACCAGCAGUGACGAGGGGAGCCCCAGCGCCAGCACCCCCAUGAUCAACAAGCCUGGCUUCAAGUUCUCGGCCGAGAAACCGGUGAUCGAAGUCCCCAGCAUGACGAUCCUGGACAAGAAGGACGGGGAGCAGGCCAAAGCCCUGUUCGAGAAAGUGAGGAAAUUCCGUGCCCAUGUCGAAGACAGUGACUUGAUCUAUAAGCUCUACGUGGUCCAGACCCUCAUCAAAACCGCCAAGUUCAUCUUCAUUCUCUGCUACACCGCGAAUUUCGUCAACGCCAUCAGCUUUGAGCACGUCUGCAGGCCGAAAGUCGAGCACCUGACGGGGUACGAGGUGUUUGAGUGCACACACAAUAUGGCCUACAUGCUGAAGAAGCUUCUCAUCAGCUACAUCUCCAUCAUCUGUGUCUACGGCUUCAUCUGCCUCUACACCCUCUUCUGGCUGUUCCGCAUCCCUCUGAAGGAGUACUCUUUCGAGAAGGUCCGGGAAGAGAGCAGCUUCAGUGACAUCCCGGACGUCAAGAACGACUUUGCGUUCCUCCUGCACAUGGUAGACCAGUACGACCAGCUCUACUCCAAGCGCUUCGGUGUGUUCCUGUCGGAGGUCAGCGAGAACAAGCUGAGGGAGAUCAGCUUGAACCACGAGUGGACUUUUGAGAAGCUCAGGCAGCACGUGUCUCGCAACGCCCAGGACAAGCAGGAACUGCACCUCUUCAUGCUGUCGGGGGUGCCCGACGCCGUCUUUGACCUCACAGACCUGGACGUGCUGAAACUCGAGCUGAUCCCGGAAGCGAAGAUCCCCGCCAAGAUCUCCCAGAUGACCAACCUCCAGGAGCUGCACCUGUGCCACUGCCCGGCCAAGGUCGAACAGACCGCCUUCAGCUUCCUACGGGAUCACUUGAGGUGCCUCCACGUGAAGUUCACCGACGUGGCUGAGAUUCCCGCCUGGGUGUAUUUGCUCAAAAACCUUCGUGAGCUGUAUCUGAUAGGCAACCUGAACUCGGAAAACAACAAGAUGAUCGGGCUCGAGUCCCUGCGGGAGCUGCGGCACCUUAAGGUCCUCCACGUGAAAAGCAAUCUGACCAAAGUUCCCUCCAACAUCACGGAUGUGGCCCCGCACCUCACGAGGCUCGUCAUCCACAACGACGGCACCAAGCUCCUGGUGCUCAACAGCCUGAAGAAGAUGAUGAACGUGGCCGAGCUGGAGCUACACAACUGCGAGCUGGAGAGAAUCCCCCACGCCAUCUUCAGCCUCUCCAACCUGCAGGAGCUGGACCUGAAGUCAAACAACAUCCGCACCAUCGAGGAGGUCAUCAGCUUCCAGCACCUGAAGCGGCUGACUUGCCUGAAGCUGUGGCACAACAGGAUUGUGGCCAUUCCGCCCUCCAUCACCCACGUCAAGAACCUAGAGUCCCUUUACCUCUCCAACAACAAGCUCGAGUCCCUGCCGGCCGCCGUGUUCAGCUUGCAGAAGCUCAGAUGCUUGGACGUCAGCUACAACAACAUUUCCACCCUCCCCAUAGAGAUAGGCCUGCUCCAGGGCCUGCAGCACCUGCACAUCACAGGGAACAAAGUGGACACCCUGCCGAAACAGUUGUUUAAGUGCGUGAGGUUGAGGACUUUGAACCUGGGGCAGAACUGCGUCUCCUCCCUCCCGGAGAAAAUCGGUCAGCUCUCCCAACUCACCCAGCUGGAGCUGAAGGGGAACUGCCUGGACCGCCUGCCAGCCCAGCUGGGCCAGUGUCGGAUGCUCAGGAAGAGCGGGCUCGUUGUGGAAGACCAGCUGUUUGACACGCUGCCCCUGGAAGUCAGAGAGGCGCUGAAUCAAGACACCAGCGCCCCCUUUGCGAAUGGGAUUUAAACAGAAGCGUGCGUGCGCGGGCGCGACGUCCGCCUGCGUGCUUCGAGAGGACGGCUUCCUGGAUUGCAGAGGCUCACGUGUCGCAAGUUACGACGACGACGAGACAAACGCAUUUUAGGAGUUAGAUGCGCGCCCUUUAAAACAAAACCCGGCGGGGAUUGCACAGAGGCUGAGAGCGACAAAACCGAAUGUUCGAUGUUUUGUAGUGUUUUAAGUCAUUUGUUUCCAAGUCUUUUCUUAACUCUUUUAGGUUUUUUGUUUUUUGUUUUGUUUUGUCUUGUUUUUCUUCUUCUUCUUCUUCAGGGGAAAGGGAAGGAAAAAGUUAUAAUCACUGAUCUCAGUUCCUUUUAAACUGUAAGUUGGAUGCGGCUGCUGGCUGAAUGUUUACACAUCGCUUGCCUGCUAAAGCAAAUGAUUAAAUUGACUUUCUUCUUA